UGCUUUACCGAUAACAACCAAGCAAACAGACAGUGGGCCAAAUUUCAGCAGUUGUCACCCGAGUGGACCAUCAAGGAGAGGCCUUUUUUUAACUCACCACAAAAGUGACAUGUUGAAGGCAGUCAACACUUAGCAAGGGGAUCAAGAAAGACAAAAACAGCGAAGAAGUAAAGUUUCUGCAUCCUCACCUGUGACAACAAGAGGCUGAGCUGAGUGCUUCAUCUGGAGGUGGAGUUUUACAUAUCAACCAAACUCAAAACUCAUCAGAACCAUGAAACUUCCCGGGACUAUUAUUAAAUUGGAGUACGCUCAUGGCAGCACAGACACGGAGCACUUAGACAUCAUGAUGGUGAUGCCACUGCAAACCAAUCCAACAGGCUCGCCAGUGUCAGCACCCACAUCACUGAGGUCACAGCCUGAUGGAGGCAGGCCUCAGUGCUCCAUAUGCGCAGACAGAGCCACAGGUAAACAUUACGGUGCGUCCAGCUGUGACGGCUGCAAGGGCUUCUUCAGGAGGAGCAUUCGCAACAGCCACACUUACAACUGUAGGUUCAGCAGACAAUGUGUUGUGGACAGAGACAAAAGGAACCAGUGUCGUUACUGCAGACUACAGAAGUGCUUCAAGGCUGGAAUGAGAAAAGAAGCUGUGCAGAAUGAGAGAGACUGCAUCAGCAGCCACAGAGCCAAGGGACAGACAGUGGGCACUCUGUCCAUCAGUGUGCUGCUGCAAGCAGAGGCCAGUGUGCAACAGUCGCCAGCUCUGGUCUCACCUAGGAGUCAUGACAUCAACACCAAGAAGACAGCCAGCGUGGGAGUCGUGUUCGAGUCCAUGAAGCAGCAACUCCUCCUGCUGGUGGAGUGGGCGAAGCACAUCCCGGAGUUUUGUAGCCUCCAAGUAGACGACAGGAUAACCCUGUUACAAACCCACUCUGCAGAACAUCUUAUCCUGGGGGCAGCCAGACGCUCUCUACCCUAUCAGGAUCUAAUCCUUCUAGGUAACGACUCCGUGAUCCCCCUGAGAGGCGCAGAAAUCGAGGUUUCCAGACUGGCUUUCAGAAUCCAAGAGGAGCUCGUCAAACCUCUCCGAGAGCUGGGCAUCACUGACACAGAGUUCGCCUGCCUCAGAACCGUUGUCUUCUUCGCCCCAGAGUGUCCAGGUUUGAAGAGCCCUCAGGUGGUUCGACAUCUGCGUUUCCAGGCCCAGCUGCUGCUCGAAGAAGCAACCUGUGAGCGGCGGGGAAGGUUUGGGGAGCUCCUGCUGAUCCUCCCUGCCCUGCAGAGUGUGGCCUGGCAGAUGGUGGAGACUCUUCACUUUGCACAGCUGCUGGGCGAGGCCCAAAUGGACAACCUGCUGCAGGAGAUGCUGCUCGGGGAGGGAGCCAAUACAGCACAGGGUUCUCCUCUUCCCUCAGGCGAUGACCCGACUCAAGACCAGCAAACCUCCGUCAUCUCUCACAGUUCAUCUCCAAGCAGCUCGCCUGCUGCCCCCACAGACUGGCACUGAGGUGUACAGACGUGCCCACAGCAGACAUGAGGCACCUGUCCAUACCGAGAAACACCUCAGGAUGCAACAACAAGGGGGGGGGGGGGUUUAUUUUAUUGAUUAUUGUGUAUUUAUGAAUGCAUCUUUGUAAUCAGUAUUGUGCAUUUGUCUGUGACGUGACAAAAAUAACAACAAGACGUGACACAAUGAAUUGAGGCAGAGUGACAGAUAUAAAGUUAAAGGCACAUCUGGAAAGUGCAAAAAAAAUGUUAAAAAAAACUGCUGACAUGCAGUUAGUUUAACAUUGUAUUGAACUAUAGUCGAGCUGCAACGAUUAAUCGAUCAAUGACUACCUUUGUUCGACAAAACAAAUAAACCGCCAACUGUUUACUAAUCAAUUCAUUGUUUCACAAUUUAUUAAAGCAGAUAUGUCAAACAUUUGAUGGUUCCAGAUUCCAAAAUGUAAGGGCCUGCUCCUGGUCUUUGUCACUUCAGAUAAUAA